AUGCCCAAGCCCAGACGCAACCUCCAGGCUACGGCCGAGGAGACCAUGACACCUCCCCAAACUCUCACAGAGACUCAGUUCGUCGCUCGCGUACAACAAGCUGCUGGGAACAACCUCUACCGAGUCGAGUUGCCCGACACCAAGGUUCUGCUGGUCGAGCUGCCUGCGCGUUUCCGCUCCACCAUCUGGAUCAAGAGAGGCGGCUUUGUCCUGGUUGAUACAGGCGCUGCGAAUGAGCGUGAGAACAAGUUGGACGGAGAGAUCAUCAACGUUGUCAGGAACGAAAAGGAAUGGCGCAAGCAGAAAUACUGGCCUAAGGAGUUCGUCCAGAGAAUCUCCUACGUCGACGAAGACGACUCGGACGAGGAAGAGUCCAACGUCGGCAAGAUGCCUCCCUCAGACUCUGAGGAUGAAUGA